AAGGAAGGAAGGAAGGGAAGAAGGAAGGGAGGAAGAGGGAGAGAGUGAGGAGAGGGAGCAAAGAAAGAGGGAAGGAAAGGGAGCAGCAUGGCUUCCCCUCCUUUCUCUUGGACUCCUAGGAUAAAGAGAAGCAAGGGAAGCCAGUAGUGGUCCCCUGCCCCGUCUCCAACGUGCUGGACCGAUGAUGUCCUGACCCACCAGAAGCUGUUGGAGGUGAGGGCAAGGCGGCGGAAGGGGGCAAUGAGCACGGAUCUGGACCGCCUCUCGCUGGAGUCCUGCUCUUCCUCCAGGUCUAGCCCGGGACCCUCAAGUGCCCCCUCGGGCCCUGGCCUCCGCCUCCUCUCGGCCAACGUGAGGAAGCUCCACGGGGCCCUGAACCUACUGCUGAGUGAGGCCGAACGGGAGCAGUUCAUCCACUGCCUCAACGUCUACCAUUGCCGUCGGAACGUGUACGACUUGGUGAGGACCCUCAGGGUCCUUCUGGACGGGCCGGAGAAGCGGCGGCUCUUGCCCAUGCUCCGCCUGGUCAUCCCACGCUCGGACCAGCUCCUCUUCGAUCAAUACACCUCGGAGGGGCUCUACCUGAAGGCCGACUUCUUGCCCAGCCUCGAUGCCACCUCCACUUCCCCCAGGUCCCUACCUUCUCAGCCUGAGCCCUCAGUGGAAAUCGUUGCCCCCUUCGAAGGGACGGUGACCCCAUUGGGGUCUGGGACACUUCAUGGGGAGCUCCGUCAGGUGGCCCUCAAGCGUCACAAGGCCCACGAAGGGCUGGGCUUCAGCAUCCGUGGUGGUUCGGAGCAUGGUGUGGGCAUCUACGUCUCCUUGGUGGAACCGGGUUCCUUGGCUGAGAAGGAAGGGCUGCGGGUGGGUGACCAGAUCCUGAAAGUCAAUGGCAAGGCUUUGGACAAGGUGACCCAUGCCGAAGCCGUCAAGGCACUCAAGGGCUCCAAGAAGCUGAACCUCUUAGUCCACUCUGUAGGACGCAUCCCCGGCGGCUACAUUACCAACCAUAUCUACACUUGGGUGGACCCCCAGGGUCGGAGCGUGUCCCCCCCAACAGGCCUUCCCCAGCACCAGAGUAACUCCCUGCGGAAAGACGGCGAGAAAAGGAGCCACCUCCAGCUCCUGCAAGAAGGAGACGAGAAGAAGGUCAACCUGGUGUUGGACGAAGGGCGAUCGCUGGGUCUCAUGAUCCGAGGAGGAGCAGAAUACGCUCUUGGGAUUUACAUCACUGGUGUGGACAAGGGCUCUGAAGCAGAAAGCACCGGACUGAAGGUUGGAGACCAGAUUUUGGAGGUGAAUGGCCGAAGCUUCCUCAGUAUCCCCCACGACGAAGCAGUGAAGCUCCUGAAGUCCUCUCGCCACCUCAUCAUGACGAUCAAAGACGUCGGGAGGCUGCCUCAUGCUCGAACCACUGUUGACGAGACCAAAUGGAUCGCCAGCUCACAGAUCGGAGAGACUGUGGUCAACCCAGCAGGGGCCUCUGGAGAUCCUACGGCAGAAGGAACAGCAAAGCCAUCUUUCUACAGAGGUUUGGCGGGAUCCCAAGUAACCCUCAGCAGCCUGGUGAACCAAAGCCGAGUGAUGCUGGAGGAACAAGCGCGGCAUCUCCUGAACGAGCCCGAAAGAGCCACCAUGGGCUAUUACUUGGAUGAAUACAAAGAGAACAACAUCCCCGUGGAUGCCCUCGUCAUGGCUCUCUUUGAACUACUGAACACUCAUGCCAAGUUCUCGCUUUUGUCUGAAGUGAGAGGUGUGAUCUCGCCUCAGGAUCUCGACCGAUUCGACAACCUGGUUCUGAAGAGAGAGAUUGAAUUCAUGAAGGCCCGCCAGCCCUCCGGAACAGGGACAGGGACGGACUCCUUCUCCAUGAUGUCUUAUGGCGAUACGGUCUCUUCCACCGGGAGCCACUUCACUUCCACUACUGUUAGUUCGGCACGGGAACGACUCUUGUGGCUAAUUGACCUCAUGGAGAAUACAUCGGAUUUAGAAGGAGGAGAUGGCAGCCAAAGCAGUAUCAACGCCCUGCCUGACGUUUCCCUGGAUGAUGUUUCCUCUAUCCCGGAUGAGCCCCCAGCUUUCAAACCUCCACCGCCUCCACCUUCACCUCAAACCGCCGCGGAGGGCACUCUUUCCCAAAACAAACCCGUCUCGAAAGGAAGACUCCAACGGCCGUCCUCCGAAUCCUCCCAGUCGGGGCUCUUCUUCACGGCACCCCACAACUCCACACCGCCCCCCGGCCUCUCCGAGAAGGACACCAUCAGCCUGGCCUCCUCGUCCUCCACCACAGCUUCCUCCACCGACGGUUCCACCUCCAGCGCCAUCUACGCCUCCAUUAGUCCGGCCACUCACCGUGGUUCCCGAAGACCUACCGAAGCCCGCUUGUUGUUGGUCAACCAACACCCCAUUGGGCCUUUCCCUCGGGUACGGUCGCCGACGCGGCUCAAGACACCCUCUCCGGAAACUACAGAUCCCACCAAUUCUCCUUCGCCGCCGCCUCACCCUUCCCAUCCUGCUCCUCCUCCUCCUCCGGCUGAAAAGGGGUCCCCCGAAGCUGGGGCUGCUCAACACUUCAUCAUGGUGGAGGUACACCAACCCAACAGCGAGCCAGAUGUGAAUGAAGUGCGGUCUCUGCCCCAAGCCAGAGCCUUUCUCCUGCUCUCGCCCACCUCAGCGUCCACGCUUUCCCAGCUUUCGGACAGCGGACAGACCCUCAGCGAGGACAGCGGCGUGGACAUCGGAGAGGCCGAGGUCAGCGCCAGGGAGAGGAGCCGGAUGCAGGGUCCCAACAAAAACCGGAGCCCCCAGGAGCCCCUCAAAGCGGACGGGAUGCUGGAGCCAACACCCAAACCACCAGGCCUUCUAGAACCAACAUCCCAUCUGAUCCGGGUGACAAAGAGUGCCCCGACCCUGGGCAUUGCCAUUGAGGGAGGAGCCAACACUCGGCAGCCUUUGCCCCGGAUUGUGACCAUCCAGAGAGGAGGUUCUGCCCACAACUGUGGAAAGCUGAAGGUGGGCCACGUCAUCUUGGAGGUGAAUGGAGUCACCCUUCGAGGGAAGGAGCACCGUGAAGCGGCUCGGAUCAUCGCCGAGGCCUUCAAAACCAAGGACAAGGACUAUGUGGAUUUUCUAGUCACAGAGUUCAAUGUUGCACUUUAGGAGUGGGGCGGCUAGAGCCCCAAAGCCAAAUAAGAGACAAUGGGGGGUGAAGGACAGAAGAGAAAGUGCAAGAUAAGGAAUGAACAGGGUUCCAAGUGGGCUGCCACACAUGUGUUAACAUAUGUGUGCUGUCACGACAUCUGGGUAACUCCAUAUAUGAACAUCAAUGGCAUCGGACAUAUACAGGACAUCCUACCAAGCUUUGGGUUGGUGUUCCAAGACUCCAUCUGGAUUGUUCUACCAGGCUUUGAGUUGGUGUUCCAAAACUCAAUCCAGAUUCUCCUACCAAGCCUUGGGUUGGUCUUCCAAGACUCAAUCCAGAUUCCCUUCCCCAACUUUCAGUUGGUGUUCCAAGACUCAGUCCAGAUUCUCCUACCAAGCUAUGGGUUGGUGUUCCAAGACUCCAUCUGGAUUGUUCUACCAGGAUUUGGGUUGAUGUUCCAAAACUCAGUCCAGAUUCUCCUACUAAGCCUUGGGCUGGUGUUCAAAGACUCAAUCCAGAUUCCCUUCCCCAACUUUCAAUUGGUGUUCCAAGACUCAGUCCAGAUUCUCCUAACAAACUAUGGGUUAGUUUUCCAAGAUUCAAUCCAGAUUCUCUUAUCAAGCAUUGGGUUGGUGUUCCAAGACUCUAUCCAAAAUCUCCUACCAGGCUUUGGGUUGGUAUUCCAAGACAAUCCUGAUUCUCCUACCAAGUUUUGUGUUGGGUUUCCAAGACUCAGUCCAGAUUCUCUUACCAAGUUUUGGUGUUCCAAGAUUCAGUCCAGAUUAUUCUACCAAGCUUUGCUUUGCUGUUCCAAAAAUCAAUCCAGAUUCUCCUACCUGGCUUUGGGUUGGUGUUCCAAGACACAAUCCAGAUUCUCUUACCAAACUUUGGGUUGGUGUUCCAAGAUACAAUCCAGAUUCCCCUACCAAACAAUGGGUUAGUUUUCCAAGACUCAGUCCAGAUUCUUCUACCAAACUUUGGGUUGGUGUUCCAAAACUCAAUCCAAAUUGUCCUACCAGGCUUUGGGUUGGCAUUCCAAGACAAUCCUGAUUCUCCUACCAAGUUUUGUGUUGAGUUUCCAAGAAUCAGUCCAGAUUCUCCUACCAAAAAUUGGGUUAGUGUUCCAAGACUCAGUCCAGAUUCUCUUACCAAGUUUUGGUGUUCCAAGACUCAGUCCAGAUUAUUCUACCAAGCUUUGCUUUGGUGUUCCAAGACUCAGUCCAGAUUCUUCUACCAAGUUUUGUGUUGGUGUUCCAAAACUCAAUCCAAAUUGUCCUACCAGGCUUUGGGCUGGUAUUCCAAGACAAUCCUGAUUCUCCUACCAAGUUUUGUGUUGGGCUUCCAAGAGUCAGUCCAGAUUCUCUUACCAAAUUUUGGUGUUCCAAGAUUCAGUCCAGAUUAUUCUAUCAAGCUUUGCUUUGCUGUUCCAAAAAUCAAUCCAGAUUCUCCUACCUGGCUUUGGGUUGGUGUUCCAAGACACAAUCCAGAUUCUCUUACCAAACUUUGGGUUGGUGUUCCAAAACACAAUCCAGAUUCUCCUACCAAACAAUGGGUUAGUUUUCCAAGACUCAGUCCAGAUUCUUCUACCAAAAUUUGGGUUGGUGUUCCAAAACUCAAUCCAAAUUGUCCUACCAGGCUUUGGGUUGGUAUUCCAAGACAAUCCUGAUUCUCCUACCAAGUUUUGUGUUGGGUUUCCAAGAGUCAGUCCAGAUUCUCCUACCAAAAAAUUGGGUUAGUUUUCCAAGACCCAUACCAGAUUCUCUUACCAAGUUUUGGUGUUCCAAGACUCAAUCCAGAUUAUUCGACCAAGCUUUGCUUUGGUGUUCCAAGAAUCAAUCCAGAUUCUCCUACCUGGCUUUGGGUUGGUGUUUCAAGACUCAAUCCAGAAUCUCCUACCAAUCAUUGGGUUAGUUUUCCAAGACUCAGUCCAGAUUCUUCUACCAAGCUUUGGGUUGGUAUUCCAAGACUCAAUCCAAAUUGUCCUACCAAGCUUUGGGUUGGUGUUCCAAUGCUCAAUCCUAAUU